ACACGUGCGUCUGGCUAAAAUUGUUUAAGUCGUUCUUAUUAUUUCUUUAACUCCUCUCAAGAAACUACAUAAUUUCUUUUCAUUUCAUAUGUCCAGUUCUCCUCAAAAUUGAAGAUUAUGGUAUUUUGAUUAUAAUUAUUUUGUUAUGUAUGUAUUUAUUUCCAGUAGCUCAUGGCAAAAUAGCACCGAUUCAAAGAAAAAUAUUCGGAUAAUCUGGAGCCAAUUCUGGCAAACUCUGAAUGCAUGAACUCGAAUAUGAUGCGGUGUACAUUUUCUUUAUUUGCAAAAUGGAACUAAGUGGUGUAUUUGUCUUCGGUUUCAAUGGUUUUGGUCAACUUUUGCUAGGCAAUGGCAAGAGAAUCUUGAUGGUGCCAGUGGAAUUGGAAUGUGAUAUUUCUCGCUUGAAACGGAAGUUGACCGACUGCAAUGAUCAGGAAGAGGAGCGGGCGAGUAACCGUCGCACACGGGAGAAGUCCCCGUCAGCGAUGCGUGGAGAAACUGAUGACUCUUGGAAGGGAGCUAGAGCAAGUCCAAGUAACACGAGGUCUUUCAACAACUUUGAUAAAGAAUCCGUAGUAAUGCAUUGGAAUGCAACACUGUUUUCUUCUUCAGGUUUCUUGAUUGGUUGCCUAAAUGGAGAGAUGGGAAAGUUCAUUGACCUUUCAGAGGAUCUUCAUGGCAUUGCCUCAUCCUCACCCAGAAAAUUCUGUCUCCAUGGAGACAAUAUCUACCUCAUAGAUGACUCUGGAGAUUGCUAUGUGAGAGAAAUUUCAACCAAUUCUGCAGCAGGGACCACCAAGGUGCAAUUGAUGUGUUCUGGGUCUACUGUGAUUCCACAAGGCAGAGGGCAACAAGUGAAAGUAGAACAGGAGAAUAAGAUUGAGGAUGCAAAAAAUCAGGUCUCAGACUUUCAAAGAGAGGAGUCUAUCCCAACUCGUGCGGAUGGAUGUUCCCGAGACGUGGAUGAAACCCUUCCAAGUUCCAAGGCCAAAGAACAGUGUGGCUUUAGGAACCUUUCUGCAGGGGACUCGCAUGUCCUUGCAACAUUUGGUCCAGAACACCAAGCUGGAAGAGUUACAAAACAUGAUGAUAGAGCAUAUAUCUUCCAUCCCUUCACACAGCCUAUUGAUGUCCAGGAGAUAGCAUGCGGAAAGGAGCAUGCUUUACUCCUUACUUCUCAAGGCCUGACGUAUUCCUAUGGAACAGGAAGCCGAGGUCAGCUUGGACAUGGAGACAUAGGAAAGGAAGAUGUUCCUAAAUUAAUUGAAGCUAUUGCUUGUGUUUCCAUGGUUACUGUUAGAGCAGGAGGAUGGCAUUCAGCUUGCAUCAGUGCAAUUGGAGAUCUGUAUAUCUGGGGAUGGAACGAGUCUGGACAGCUUGGCUUAACACAAGAGGGUAGCAGUCAUGAUGUGAUGCCAGAUAAGGUUUCUUUUCAGAUGGUUCCUGCCAUACUUGACCUCCCAGGAGGGGUCAAUGUGCUAAAGGUCAGCUGUGGGUCAAGACACACUGCAGCAGUUACCUUUGAUAAAAGACUCUACACUUGGGGAUGGGGAAAGUACGGACAACUUGGUCAUGGCGAUAUGAGGUCACUAGACACUCCUAAGAUGGUUGAAUUCUUUCUUCAGAAUAGACUAGAUGUUUUAGAUCUGACCUGUGGUGAUUGGAUUACUGCUGUAUAUACAAGAUCAUCCCCAGCGCAGAUGCCUAGAUGACACAUAGAUCCUUGAGGAAUUACAGUAGGGACUAGCACCUUCAAUUCACCAAGGUUUGCCUAAAAAGGGACUUAAAGCAGUGUGUGGAAGAGUAUUAUUCUCUUGAUGGUCAUCAGCCAGCAAAUAGGGUCCUUUAUCUUAAUAGGGCUUCUUAGACUCAGUCCAACUACCAGAUAAGAUUCUCCAUGACCACCACCUACAAAAGCAUCCAAUCUUGAAGGCAUUUCAUCCAGAAAUGUCAUUUGACAACUUUGCUUGGUUUUGAUUGGCUGCGAAACACAGGUGUCUGUUACACUGUUAGAUAAUGGCAACUUAUCAUUGAUGACAACUUUCAUGAAACGUCCCCCUGAAGAUUAGAGGUACCAGAGUGCAAUCAUCUGCGAACAAAUCAUUGGUAGCAAGGACAACAUGGGGAAUUGGGUUACAUCGCAAAAAGUGUCUUUAAGUGUGACUUUGGGGAACAAAGCAUGUCCUAGAAUGUUGUAAGGCAGUCUUUACUGAAAAUCUUAUCCACACGACCAAGAAGUGAACUAUAAUUCAAAAGAAAUUUGUGAUAUUGAAGACCCAAACGAGUGACACCCAUGUCAUUUUUAUGGAAUGUGUUUCCUCCUGUUAUGUUUUCAGUUCAGGAAUUAUUUUAAGGAUUAUCAGUAAGAUGCCGAAAUAACCUCUAGCUCUAGGAGGUUGUUUUAAUUGCUGAAUCAGUAUGCUCUGAAAAAAAAGUGCAAUAUUUGUGGUGUAAAGUAGUGUUUGUCGUUCAUAUCAAAUUGAAUUGAAAUGAACUGAAUAGGCCAAUCAUGUACAUUGCAUUGCAGUCUUUGUUUCUCUCCCCUUCUCAUUUGAGGCAUCCCAUCAAUUUCAAGCUCCAAGCAUAAGAUGACAAUCUCCCACAUUUCAAGUUAUGUAUUUUUAAAAUUUAUGCAUGUUUCAACAUUUUUUUUAAAGAGAAAAUUGUCGAAGUAUAAUUUUUAUUUGACUUAGAACAAUAUUAGUACUAUGUUAAUCAUUAUGCUUAUUGUUAUGUAAUGUUGAAAAAUGAUCAGGUAUCUACAUUUGUUAUUGAAAUGUGGAAAUCAAUUCAAAUCAAAUGGACUUGUAUCAUUACAAAAUAGGAAUUCAAAUUGAUUGAGCAGCAGUUAUAUUGCAAAUCAAAACUUAUAUAAAAAAUAACUCUGUUAUAUUUCUAAUUUAUUUCUGUCCUUAUUGAAAAAAAAAAGAUUUUAUGGUGAACUAUCAUUUUCAGGAAUGCGUGAUUAUAAAACAAUACAAUUAUAUCAAAAUGUUUGUGUGCAGUGUAUAAUUUCAUGUGCAUUAGAACCUGAUUAAUUGUCUGUUUUCUGAUUAAAAAUUUUGUAAUGACCACCUGUUUCACAGUGAAAAUAAAUUCCAUGUCAUAAAUAGUACACAUUCAUGCACAUAUUUUUUUUAUGGAACUUUAAAUUCAAACAUACUGUAAGUCGGGUGGAAGAACUCAUCCAAGGAAUUAAGGUAUCUCAUCAGCCUCACAGGAUCACAACAUCGAUCUCUAUCCCCUUUGAUAAAAUUGCAAUCAAUUUCAGAUUUCAUCAAAUAUUAAAUUUCAGUUCAGAUAUCUCUUCCAAAGAUGGCAAAAUUAUUUAUGUUGGGACCAUGAACUCUUUACAUGUUUGAAAAGCAUAUCAGUUUUCUUUUUAACUCAUCAAAUUUUGAAAGUAUAAAAAAAAAUCUCGUGAAGGAAUCUUAAGUACCGGUAUCUAGUUAUAAUGUGUAAAAUUUGCCAAUAACAAUUACACAUGUACCCCCCCCCCCUUUCUUCUAAAGCUCUCUUUAUUUUGUAUUAUUCACUAUGGUAUUGGAGCCCAGCCUACAAAAGGCCAAUGGCCUCUGCUGGCUUCCCCAUAUUCUUUGUAUUUAUAUUUAAAUGUUUUAUAUUGAUUGUAGGGGCCGAUCCAGGAUUUUUCAAAGGAGGGGGGGGGCACAUUUUCCUGAGGAAAAAAUUGACAAGCAAAAGAGUCUUCACUUUCAGGGGGGGGGGGCUUAUUUCUGUUUUGAUGGCAUUUUUACUUUACAAAAUUUAAUUGUGCUUCUCAAAGGGGGGGGGGGGGGCAUGGGCCGGCUGAGCCCCCCCCCCCCUCCUGGAUCCACCAGUGAUUGAUUUUUUUAUGUCUGUAUGAGAAUUGGAAAUAAAUGAAAUGAAAUUUAAGGGGGGGUAUAUUUUUUCACGUUGAUCAGUCUUAUUUUUGGUCAGAUUAUGCUCUCAGAAUAUACAUAGGCCUACCAUAUAAAUCUUAGUUGGUCGUCAGAAUAUUGGAUAUAACAAAAAUUAUAUCCUGGAAUUUUCUGCCUAUUCCAUGCUUUGGAACAGUUUUCAAACAAACCCCAAAAUGUGCAGGUAUUUCAUUUUGAUGUGGUAUCCUAUUAAAAUAUAUUAUGUAAUGAUUGAAAUUGAUCAAAUCAAGCUAUCCAAUAAAACAUAUCUGUUUUAUAUCCUUAGCACUGUAGCACACCUGUUUUAGCCAGGGCACAAGUAUUCAAAUCCAUUAUUAAUGUGAAUAUUGACGUGCGUUUUGGGGGGAUUUACCAAAACUUGAAAUAGACUUUAACAGAUUUAUAUUAGUCUACACCAUGCAAAAUUAUGAUAUUGAGAUGAAAGUGAGUACAUGUAAAUAUAUUUUUCAUGCUGUAAUCCCCCCCCCCCCCCCCGUGAAUAACCAAUUGAUGCAUAAGAAAGAGAAACAAAAAGAGUU